CACUUCUUCCAUCCCCCGCUCCGUCCGUCGUCCGCCGCCGCCGCCACCCCCGCCGGCCGCUGCCGCCGCCUCCCCCCGCCGCUACACCGUCAGACGCCGCCUCCCUCCCCCGUUUCUAUCUCCUCCGGUCGCAGCCGCCUCUCUCCCCCGUCUGUGCUGAGCUCCCCGACUUCCUCCACUGUCCUGCGGCUCACGGUUAAUCGAGUUCGGGAGAAGACCUGCGAACAUCAACCGGAGCAGCAGCAGGGAGAUCUGAAAACAGUCUCAUCGAGCCGAAAUCGUCUCAAAAAAACCAAAGACAAGGCUGACACAAGCUAAUGAUGGCAUCUUCAUCAGGUCAACCUGCGAAGCCUGGGAAGAGUGUUGGUGAGGAGUUCGUUGAUCAUCGACUGCUCAGUCGAAAUGUUCAUUAUCCUGAUUCAAAAAAUUUGCCAAGACCCCUGGACAUGGCGGCAUACUUCGAGGAUGAUCCUCCCUGUCAAACAACACACUGCACUAAUGUGGCAGUUGAGCAGCACAAUAAAAAACAGAAGGGUGGUAAGCUAAAGAUAAAGCGUGCUGUUGGAGUUCAUAGCAACAUGUUCGUUUUGGACCAGAAUGACCCAGUGAGUUAUUGGCAUGUUUACUUCAAAGGGCACGAUGGGAGAAGAAGAAGACGGUACAGGUACUUUGCCGAGUUGAGCGGGGUAAAAGGACCUGAGUUGCUGACAUUUUGCGAAGUCGUGGAUAAAGCUAAUGUUGUCUACUGCCCGCACUGCUUUGGAGGAAUAUAUCACCCCCCAACCACAGAAUCCGGUUCAGCGUCGGAUCGUAGGCUGAACAGUGUAGCAUUGGGUGAAGCUAUACGUGGCCCCGGCAGAAAGAGAAAGGAGGCUGUCAGCUCCAUUGAUUCGAUUCAGGCCUAGAGUAUGUUUGGUUCCGGCAAAAAGAGGUUGUCAUCUCGAUUGAAUCGAUUCAGUCCCAGAGUACAAUGUUGUGAGUCUGCCUGCGUUUUGCGUAUAAAUCAGCUGAACUGGCAUGCUAUGCGAUUGUUCUGAAAUGAUGAAGAUACCAAGUGUAAUUGAACUAGCUUCUGACGCUUACUUUUAUACAGAGAUGCAGGGGAGAUGAUGAUUGCAUUUUUUUUCUGGGUUAAA